AAAAAUUGUGGAAAGACAAUUCAUAUGAUUACAUUUUUGGUGGACCUCUGAGGUGGACCAAACAUUCUGGAAGCAACUUGAUAUUAUUCUAAGUAAAUGACUAGAUCAAAGGUAGUAAAAUUUUUUUUUGAGGAAUAUGUGAUUUCUCAGUUUUCCAGUUCCCUCAUUGCCCAAGGCUAUAAUCAACAAUGAAAUCAAGCCAAAUACCCAAGGGUUAUUUACUAAUUAAUAUUACUAAAAAUCAAACUGGAGUUGGAGGCAGUCAGUCUAAGAGAACAGAAUUGUAAACCACUGCUGCCAGAGGUGUGGAUAUCCAAGAUGGGGUUUUCUGAGUUAUUGGACACCAUCGGGGGUGUGGGCUGCUACCACGUCAUGCAGGGUGUAAUGACAUUUAUUUGUGGAAUACUGUUGGCCUUUCAAAAUUUCCUGCAGAACUUUGUUGCAGGGGUACCAGAACACUACUGCCAGUUCCUGAAUCAGACGGGUGCUGAGUCUCUCUACCUGGGAGGUGACAGAAGUGGGGAUCUGCUGAAAGCGUCUAUUCCCAUGGACAAGGGUGGGAAGCCAGAAAGAUGCCUCAGGUUCACUGAACCUCAGUGGCAUCUUCUGAAUGCAAACUCCACAGAGGAGUUGAAACUGGACACUGAAGACUGCCUGGAUGGAUGGGUCUAUGACAAGAGUAUCUUCCUUUCUUCUAUUGUUAUUGAGUGGGACUUGGUAUGUGGACGGAAGCCACUGAAGCCAUUAAUACAGACCAUCUUCAUGGGAGGACAGCAAGUAGGAAGUGUUUUUUUCGGCAUACUCUCUGACAGGUUUGGUCGAAGGACAGUCCUGCGGUGGUCCUCUCUGUUAGCCACCAUUAUUGGUACCUGUGUAGCCUUUGCACCCACCUUUAACAGCUAUGCCGUACUGAUUUUCUUCAUUGGAGCAGUUAUUGCUGGAAUCAAUCUUAGCUGUGCCUGCCUGACCUUAGAGUGGGCCCCUCUCAAGAAUAGAAUGAUUGUGCACAACGGUAUCACCUUUUCCUUCAGUGCUGGACAGAUCCUCCUGCCUGGAUGGGCGUACCUGGUCCGAGAAUGGCGCUGGCUGCAGUUUUCCACAUUAAUCUCAUUUGGGAUCAUUCUUUUUGGUAGCCUGUUUCUCCAAGAAUCUGUCUGCUGGCUUGCUACCCAUAAUAAACUUCCUCUGGCCGUGAAGAGUCUUCAGAAGGUAGCAUGGAUAAAUGGGCACAAAGAGAAGGGGAGAAAGCUCACUCCAGAAGUGGUGAUGUCUUAUAUUCAGGAGGAUCUUGAGGCCAUGAAGACUUCCCCUUUUCUCACAGACCUUUUCCGGACCCCAGGAAUACGUCUGACAACAUUCUGUAUCAUGCUUGAGUGGUUCGCAUGUGGCUUCUCUUUUUAUGGACUGGGUUUGGACUUGCAGAAAUUUGGUUUCAGCAUUUACUGGGUCCAAGUGAUAUUUGCACUUGUAGAUUUUCCAGGAAAACUACUGGCAUCCAUCAGCAUGUCUUACCUGGGACGCCGUGUUACCUUGUUUUUCUUAACAUUUUUUCCUGGACUCAUGAUCAUCAUUAAUAUAUUUAUUCCUCAAGAUAUGCCCGUCUUUCAGAUGAUACUCAGUAUGCUCGGAAAAGGUGCCUUGGGAGGGGCCAUGUCCUGCCUCUACCUCUAUACACCAGAACUCUACCCAACUGAAAUCAGACAAAUAGGCAUGAGUGCUGGGAUAUUCAGUAUUCGCUUUGGUUCACUUCUGGCUCCCGUUGUCUUCAUCAUCAGCAACUAUGUCUCGAUUCUGAAGCCCUUGUUGUUUGGGAUUGUACCUAUCCUUUCUGCAAUUUCUGUCUACUUCCUGACUGAGACUCGUGGACUUCCAUUUCUGGAGACCAUUCAGGAGACGGAGAACAGGAUGAAGAUACCACGGUUUUUGAGAAAAAAUGCCCGUAAAGAUGAACAGAUCACUCCAUCCUUGCUCCCUCCUGCCAUGGCAGAAACAGAAAGCACAGUUUAAUGUUUUCUUUAAGACUUUGGUCCAUAUUUCUGAAGUCAAGUUUAGGUCAAGUUUUCACCAUAUUUUCUUGCUUUGAAGUUAGAUCCAAUGUCUCCUGAUUGAGAGUGGACACUGGCCACUGAGAGGAUGGAAUUAACUGGACAGGUCCUGAUUCACUGCAAUCCAACCAAUUAAUAAUCUGAAAGGUUAAACAGCACAUCUCCAAUGGAGAUCAAUUAAAAUGAAGAGAAAUACAUUGAUUCCUUUCCUCCACUUGGCUAUAUAAAGAAGUGUUGCCUUCUGGCAGAUGCCUCCCUUAUACUGUCUUGUAUUAUUCAAUAAUUAAGAUAUUGCAUGAAGUUGUAAAAAAAAUAUCUCUGGGAAAUUCUACUUAAAUGAUUAUAAGACUUCUGAUGCCAAGGUGCUGAUGCAAUUUAUAAUUUCCCUUUUGAUUAUAUUUUCCUGGACUAGUAAGCUAAUCCUGUCCUCAAAUAAGAAAUACAAACACAAAGAAAAGUAAAUAAAGCCUCUACUAAGAAAAUAACUUCGGACACCAGAGUCUCUUGGGAAACCAACAAAUCUAUCUGUAUUUUUGAGAGUGCAUCGUUAGUGUGAGGAUUAAAAUCA